CGCAUCCGCUUCAACCACUCUCCCGACACCGGUGGAGUGAAGGCGUAUUUGGAGAAAAACGGAUAACGCGCUCGGCUGCUGUGACCGGAGAGACGUCGCCGCCGCCGCCGCCGCCGCCGCUUCCACCGAGCCGCUCCGCGCGCGCACCGACCGACCGGAGCCGGAGGGGCUGCUUUGCCAAUGCGAGGCGUAAAUGGCCACAGUGUUUCCCAACAGGAGACGCUGCCCGUGAAGCAACCUGUGCGCCAAAUGCGUCCUGGAAAUUAGGAGGAGAAUUCGCCGUACGUUACGCUACGUCUUCGUUCUUCGCGCGGCGGACGCUCCUGCGACCGAUUUUUGGGGGGAUCUUGAUUUGUAGACUGCAACCAUGGACGAGGACAACCAAGUACCUGAGGACCUGUCGCUGGAGGAAAGAGAUGAGCUGUCCAACAUCCGACGCAGGAAGAAGGAGCUUCUGGACGAUAUUGAACGGCUAAAGUUUGAAAUCGCAGAGGUGAUGACUGAAAUCGAGCAGUUAACCUGUGUGGGGGAAAGCAAAACCACACAGAGGAACAAGCAGAUCGCCAUGGGCAGGAAGAAGUUCAACAUGGACCCCAAAAAGGGGAUCCAGUUCCUGUUGGAGAAUGACCUCCUCCAGAACACACCAGAGGACAUCGCACAGUUCCUCUACAAAGGCGAGGGGCUCAACAAAACAGUCAUUGGGGACUAUUUAGGAGAACGAGACGACUUUAACAUCAAGGUGCUCCAGGCGUUUGUGGAGCUUCAUGAGUUUGCAGACCUCAACCUUGUACAAGCCUUAAGGCAGUUCCUGUGGAGCUUCAGACUUCCUGGCGAAGCCCAGAAGAUUGAUCGCAUGAUGGAGGCGUUCGCCUCCAGGUACUGCCAGUGUAAUCCUGGCGUCUUCCAGUCCACAGACACCUGCUAUGUCCUAUCAUUUGCCAUCAUUAUGCUGAACACCAGCCUGCACAAUCCCAACGUCAGGGAUAAGCCCCCUGUGGAGCGCUUCAUCUCUAUGAACAGAGGGAUCAAUGAGGGGGGAGACCUCCCCGAGGAGCUACUCAGGAAUCUAUACGACAGCAUCAAGAGCGAACCCUUUAAGAUCCCGGAGGACGACGGGAACGACCUGACCCACACGUUCUUCAACCCAGACAGAGAGGGCUGGCUGCUCAAAUUAGGAGGCCGAGUGAAAACCUGGAAGAGACGGUGGUUCAUUCUGACGGACAACUGCCUCUACUACUUCGAAUACACCACAGACAAGGAGCCUCGUGGGAUCAUCCCGCUGGAGAAUCUCAGCAUCAGGGAGGUGGAGGAGCCCAGAAAACCUAACUGUUUUGAGCUGUACAACCCCAACCACAAAGGACAGGUGAUCAAGGCCUGCAAGACGGAGGCAGACGGGCGCGUCGUCGAGGGCAACCACGUGGUGUACAGGAUAUCGGCCCCCACGCCGGAGGAGAAGGAGGAGUGGAUCAAAUCCAUCAAGGCCAGCAUCAGCAGAGACCCCUUCUACGACAUGCUGGCCACCAGGAAGCGGCGAAUCGCCAACAAGAAAUGAGGAGGAACGCCGGCCUCGCCUCCAGCCGCCCCGUCGUUGAUCUCCCUAAAUUCACGAAGACAUAAUUCACCACUUCAACGCUGAUUCACCACAUUAGUGACCGUCGACCUCGGAAGACGAACUCUGGAGACCAACCUCCGCUUUGACUCCGGACAAUCUUCAGAUUGGGAGAGAUUCCAGCAGUGCUCCGUGCGUUGACUUAACUCUUCAUGGAGCAGCACAACCAACCGUUCCAUUCGCUCCCCUCCAUCUCAUCCACACCUCCUACCUCCGCAUUUCAUUGUCACGUGUCGCUUCACGGUUCCUGUUUUCUUCCUAAAGCACAACUGCCAUGUUUCAGGUGCACAUACAUGCAUGUGGGUUGAUAUAGACCGAUAUGUUGUGAGUGUGUGUGUGUGUGUGUGUGUGUGUGUGUGUGUGUGUGUAACAUUGUGCAUGCUAUCAGUACACACAGCAUCUGCAGUGUGGGUGCAGGAGUAGGUCCAAACAUUCCCUCCACUGUGCUUUAUGAGAAGGUCUUAGUAAUUCAAAAUCAGUCUCGGCUUCUUUGUCCCAAGACUGUGGAGGUGUGAAGGUGAGUGUAGGAGGGACAGGGGGCCUGACAGACAGGGGGGGGGGGGGUGGCCUCACCCGGGCUGAGUUGGGUUCUCCUCUCCAGCUGCCAAGGCCGAAGCCUCGCGUGGAGCAACCUCAGAAAACAAGCGGCUCCGGCUUCCAUUUAGGCUCCAAACAGCUCAGCUCGAUCAGCUGGACUGAUUUCCAACACGUAUUCGCGUGGAACAGAGACUUUUGAAAGGUGCUUACUUUUUAUUUUAGUUGCGUAUUAAAGGAGCUUUUGUCAAGGCUUGGGCCUGUAAAUUGUAAUCCUCAAGAUUUUACGUUGUAAGGAUUACGACUUCAGAAGCUCUUUUAUGAGACACAGUCUUUUCAGUCGAACGGGUUAGUUGUGUUUAUGGCUGAGCAGUGGCUCUAUACGUUAGAGCAGCAGUUCCAUUAAGCUCGUUUCUCCCUCGUCUGGGGCCUAUGUCAGUGAAGGUCAACGUAUUGUUGUGAUCUUGUUUGCAUUUGGUUUGUAAUCCUUGCUUGCUUUUGUGUUUCUCUUUCAAAACACACAUAUAUGAAUAUAUAAUAACCAAUUAUGAUUUCUCUGUAUUUAUUUUGAUUUGUGAAAUGGUUUAUUACUACCUGUAAAUGUUCAAGUAUGUAUGCCUAAGUUAUGUAUGUAUAAACGAUGUAUAGGUUUCUUGCCUCUGUUGUUUUAGCCCAUUAUGUGUAAUUUUGUUUGAGCCUCUGGGCAGAAAUUUGCAUUAGCUGACGUUUGGGGUCUUCUUUACAAAAAAGCCUUAAACAUAAUCAUAAGCAAACAUAUAAUGAUAAUAAUAAUGAUGAUGAUGAUGAUGAUAUUGGUGAAUAACUGUGAUGAAUUUGUUAAAAGCCAUGAAUUAUGAGUGAGAAAGAUUGUUGUAUUUAUCAUGAAAAAGAUUCAUUUAUAGUGAAAAUGAUGUUUGUUGUUAAUGAUAAUUACAGUAAUAUUAGUGAUAAUGAUGAAUAUGAUGACCAUAAUAUUGAUGAUGUCAAAAAUGAUAAACACCAGUAGUUUUCUAUGUGACUGUAAAAUAAAAUGAAAGCCUUAUGGCCAGGGCAGAAUAUUAUCUUCUACUGUCCUGUGGGGGCUUAUAACUUUUAUAUUAUUAAUAUAUAUUGUUCACAUUGUACAUUAUGUGUAUCUAUAUAAAGUAUACUUAAAGCUAA